ACCUAUAUCACCUACAUUACUCUUAUUACCUUAUUAUUAUUCAUAUCACCUACAUUACCUUAUUCCUACUCAUAUUACUUUCUUACCUUGUUAUUACUCUUAUUACUCUUAUUACUCUUAUUACCUUAUUAUUACCUAUAUUACUCUUAUUAUCUAUAUUACUCUCUUACCUUAUUAUCACUCUCUUACCUUAUUACCACUCUCUUACCCUCUUAUUACUUCCUUACCUUCUUAUUAGUUAGUUACUCUCAUUACCCUCUUAUUACUACUCUUAUUAUCUAUAUUACUCUCUUACCUUAUUAUCACUCUUAUUAUCUAUAUUACUCUCAUUACCUUAUUAUUAUCUAUAUUACUCUCUUACCUUAUUAUUAUCUAUAUUACUCUCUUACCUUAUUAUCACUCUCUUACCUUAUUACCACUCUCUUACCCUCUUAUUACUUCCUUACCUUCUUAUUAGUUAGUUCCUCUGUUAUUACCUAUAUUCCCUUCUUAUUCCUUUCUUACCUUGUUAUUACCUAUAUUCCCCUCUUAUUACCUAUAUUCCCUUCUUACUACUCUUAUUCCCGUAUUAUCUCUCUCCUUAUUUUCCCUUCUAUUAUACUACUUAGCUAUUAUUAG